AUGACACUUGAUAUACUACCAAUAUUUGAAUUGAGUCAACCCACGACUACAGUGGGUGGUGGGUCACCACCACAACAAUAUAUUUCCACUUCACAAUCACUACCCACUUCACCACAACUUAAAAGACAAAAGCCAAACGUAAACAUGAUGUUGGAUGGCUACAUGCUCAAUAAGGAUCUUCGGUUUGUUAAGAAAAUCGGCGCUGGAACCUAUGGCCUUAUAUAUUUAGUGGAAAACAUUUAUACCAAGAAACAGUAUGCAGCAAAGAUGUUGUUAAAACAACCACCAAAAACUGUGGAUAAAGAUUCAAAUGUCAAUAAGCAGCUAAUACAACAGCACUUCUACAACUAUUUCCUUAACCAUGUGAUACCUAGACCAGAAUCGAUCAACUUUGAAUAUAUCAAAAGCCAAGGUCAUGAAUGCCCGUUCUUGACCGAAAUUGCAUUACACUUGAAAGUUCAUGAGCAUCCUAAUGUGAUAACGAUACAUGAAGUGUUUAACUUGGAAAAUUUUGCUGUUGUUAUACUAAUGGAUUAUUUUGAACAAGGUGAUUUAUUUGGUAAUAUUAUAGACAGACAGGUUUUCCAGAAACAUAAACAUGAUAAACAGAUGUUGAUGAAGAAUGCAAUGCUACAAUUGGUGGAUGCCGUAGAAUACUGCUGUCAGCAUUCAGUGUACCACUGCGAUUUGAAACCGGAAAAUAUCAUGGUUAGAUAUAAUCCACACUACAGGAGACCUUCGGAUUCUACAAGCAUACUAGACUAUAAUGAGUUGCAUUUGGUGUUGAUUGAUUUUGGAUUAGCAAUAUCUUCUGAUAUCAUUUGUUGUAAUGCAUGUCGUGGGUCCUCGUUUUAUAUGGCGCCCGAAAGAACGACAAAUUUUAACACAAAUAAAUUGAUCAAGAGUCUUGUUGACAUGAACCAAUUUGUUUCUGUAAAAUCAGCAUUGAUUGGUGAAUCUAGUUGCAAGUAUUUGCCUACACUAGCUGGCGAUAUUUGGUCAUUGGGUGUACUAUUCAUCAACAUUACAUGUUCAAGAAACCCUUGGCCUAUAGCAUCAAUCACCGAAUCACACAAUGACGUGUUUAACAAUUACAUUUUGAAUCAGAAUAAAACCAUUUUAUCCUCCAUCCUACCUAUAUCACAGCAAUUUAACAAUUUGUUAAACAAGAUUUUCCAAUUAAAUCCAAACAACAGAAUUGACUUGAACAAAUUGUACAAGGAAAUUAUUCGUUGUGAUUUCUUCAAGGACGAUCAUUAUGAUUAUGGAACACACUACCGUAAACCAAUCAUGACAAAUACAACUAUAAAUACAAACCAACAAUUGUACACACCGCCAGAGUCCACUGCAUAUAAUUCAUAUGCUAGCGAGAUUGAAGUUGAUGAUGAGGAAGAGGAGGAGGAGGAGGAGGAGGAGGAAUAUUAUACCGAAGAAGAAGAAGAAGAAGAAGAAGAAGAAGAAUUGGCAGUAGUAGAGUCAAAGAGAAAAGUAAAUGCUACUACUGGUGCAGAAUGCAACAGUAAACGAGAUAAUAUCCUCCAACCAUUUAUGGCACCCAAUGAACCACCGUCGCAUCCACUUUUUCACGAUGUCGCUGCAUUUGCCAAAAAAAUAUGUCCUAAACCUUUAACAAAGUUUGCUUCACAGCCUACUAUUUACUAA